UUUGUCAUGGCUUGGAUAUCGCGAAAGCUUCAUGGUUCUCGUCCGCUAGCUCAAGGCAUGCACGAUGCAGGCUCGACUGCAACUCCACAUGGGCAUGCUUGGGGAUACCGCUGUACAGACGUCAUGCAAGGUGGGUCAAUCGUUGGCUCCGAGGAUUGCAAUGGGGUAUGCCAUGCAGUCGGUGGAGCAUUGUGCAGAUGCUAGAGGCUGCGACUGACCGAAGACCAAGGUACUGGAAAAGUAUAAAGAUGGCUUUGUGCUGCUGUCGAGUAAUCAUCAUCCCAUCACCGAGAACCUCGAAGCCCAAGACAGCCUGAAGAGCAACUUGACUUGCCAUACUUUCUGCCUCAAGAUGAAGUUUUUCGCAAACUUGGCCCUCGCGGCCCUCACGCUCUUCCCAGCUGUUCGCGGUGACGCUGUUCCGUGGGAGCGCAUCGACAAGAACAACUCUCUGCUUCUCAUUCUUGACUUGCAGGUUGGUCUCUACCAUGUCGCUCGCGACUGGGACCCUUCCCUGUACAAGCAGAAUAUCAUGGCCCAUGCCGAGAUUGGCAAGCUCUUCAACCUGCCCGUCAUCAUGAGCACUUCGGCAGACCAGGGCCCCAACGGCCCCCUGCCAAAGGAGAUGCUCGAGAUGUAUCCUGAUGCGCCACUUAUCCGCCGCCAGGGUGAAGUCAACGCCUGGGACAACCCUGAAUUCCAAGCCGCCAUCAAGGCAACGGGCAAGAAGCAAAUCAUUGUCGCGGGUAUCACAACCGACGUGUGUACUGCCUUCCUCGCACUCUCUCUGCGCGCCGAAGGCUACUCUGUCUUUGCCAACGUCGAGGGCUCGGGUACCUACACGGAGCUUGUGCGCGACACGGCCAACUCGCGCAUGCAGCAGGCGGGUGUGCAGCUCGUGUCGCUAUUUGCCAUUGUCUGCGACCUCAUGCGCGACUGGCGCAACACCCCCGGUGCGAAGGAGGUGCUGCCCUUCCUCGACAAGUACCUCCCUGUGUACGGCAUGCUUGCGCGCCACCACGCUGCGGCUGCGGACAAUGGCACGAUUAUCCCUGGCGAGAUUGGCCUGAUUACCGGUAACAACGGCUCUAUCGUUAUCUAAGUAUAAGCCUUGUGCGCGGUUAGAAUGAUGGGAAGACAGGAGGCCGGAAGGAUAGCAAGGUGAAACCAAGGAGCGGGGGUAGGUGGUUUUGCAGUGGUGUGU